UGUACCUAAUAAAGUGGCCGUUUUUUGUGUAGAGUCAAGUUAGAGCUUGGACUCUUGGAUUAAAUUUGGGCUAGAUAGAUGCUGCGCCCUUGCGGCGAGUGAGAAGACUCUUCCUGGGAUAUUUUUUUUUGAAACUGCAUAGUAAUGUGUGAUAUAAAUGCAAUAAUUCAAUCUUUCCCCUCUGUCCAGGUGUUAUGGAGUCGUGUCCGUCUUCCCCUUUAUUCGUCCCUCUUGGAAUGGAAAGAUCUGUGCAGAAGACCAGAAAACUGUCUAAAGAUGGAGGUGCUUUGUCAACAGACAGUGAAGACAUGAACGGCAGCUUGAAAGAACGACGACCUCACAAACGCCACAAAGGACCACGCAGCCAACGAGGAGAGGGCAAAGCUUCGGAGGACUCGCAAGCACAUGGAAAAAACGAAGCUGAAGACAAAUCGCCUUCCAUAGCCAAAGAGCAACUGCAAACAUCAGCCAAAAAACAUAAUCCAGUGACAGAAAAUAAAAGCAAAGUGGCAGAUUCAUUGCAGGAAGGAAAAACGCAGAGCAAGCGGGAUGGGGAGAAAGCGACGGAUCCUUCACAAUGGAAUGGAAAAAGCAGGAACAGGGGAAGACUGAGGGACUUCUAUGAAGAAUGUGUUGAAAUGAGCACUGGUCUGGAAUCAGGCCUAGACCAACAGAGGUGGUUCAAAGUAAACAAAUCUGAGAGGAACAAAAUCAAGGAGCAGAUCACAUCAGGACUCACAGGCUCGGCAUCAGAAGUAGAACUGAGUGCAGAAAGUGACAGCGACGCCACAGAAGCAAGGAUACCUAAAAUUAAUAACAAGCAAGGUCAGUAUAAGCUCAUCAUGCUCUAA